AUGACCUUACGGGUCGUGCCCAGCAUCUUGGGCAAGAGGGGGUUCCAGGAAAUUUACGGACCCCCUCGACGACUACCAAUCCUCGGCGCCGCUCAGCGACUCCCUUUCAACUUGGGCAUCAGGCGAUAUGCUACUGUCGAGGGAGAACACAGUCACGAUAGCGCUCCGCCUCCUGGAUUCGAUGCCUCCAAAGCGAAGCAGAACCCCAAUGCGACUCCAAGCCAACAGUCGACUACCGGCAAACCCGACUCCUUCGAGCAAGCUCCUUCAUCCCGGAGCUCCUCCAAGCCUCCUUCUACGACUUCAGCCCCGACUGACUGGGAAGAAAAUCCUGACCUCAGCAUUUCAAAAUUCUCUGAGCUUCCAGGCAAGGAUUUUGGUGUCAAUCAGCAUAUCAUCAUCAAUGAAGAGUUCAAAGAGGCAUUGCGGCAAAUUCUAUGGAAGUUUCGAGCUCCCAUUCGCUACGCGUUUGCCUAUGGAUCGGGCGUCUUUCCCCAAAGUGCGGGAAAGAGCGGAGGCUCCCAAAACCUACACCCAAACCCUCCAGAAGCUGUGGCUAAAGUCCAGGAUGGAAACCAGAAGAUGAUUGAUUUUAUCUUUGGGGUCUCCUAUUCCCAGCACUGGCACUCUUUGAAUCUACAUGAGCACCGAGAUCACUACAGCUGGCUAGGGUCUAUGGGAUCCUACGCUGUGUCCAAGGUUCAAGAUUCCUUCGGGGCAGGAGUGUAUUUCAACCCUUAUGUCACUGUCAAUGGAACUCUCAUCAAAUAUGGAGUGGUAAACUUGGACACGCUAUGCAGAGAUUUGUCGGAGUGGGACACGCUAUAUCUCGCAGGCCGCCUACAGAAGCCUGUGAAAAUUUUACGGGACAAUCCAGCCGUCCGCCUCGCAAAUCAGGUCAACCUAAUUGCCGCAGUUCGCACCGCAUUGCUCCUCCUCCCCCCCGAGUUCACCGAAAAAGAACUAUAUUCGACCAUUGCGGGAAUCUCAUACAUGGGUGAUCCACGAAUGAGCAUCGGUGGCGAUGACCCUCGAAAGGUCGAGAAUAUUGUGAAGCACCAGUUACCCAAUUUCCGCCGCCUGUACGCGCCAUUGAUUGACAACCUUCCCAACAUCUCGUUUAAUGAUCCGGCCUGCUCAAACAGAGACUGGCUUGAUGAUCCAACCGUCAAUGCCAACCUGGCUCAAAACAUGGAUCCCGUAACACGAGGGCACAUGGUCCGUCGUCUUCCCAACGCCUUCCGAAAGAAACUGUACUUUGAAUAUCAAUCCAAAUUCAGAAUCCCAAGAGGCGAGUUCAACAAGAUGCUUGAGAAGACCAAAGAUGAAGACCCAGAUCGCAUUCGUAGGCGAGAGGGCGGGCCUUUUGAGCAACGAAUCGCCCAAGACACCGAGGGCGGUGGAUUGAGAGAGGAAGUCAAACAGGUUAUUGAGCACACAAUUCGGUGGCCGAGUUUUGUGCAAAGCGUGAAAAGCGCAGUGACGGCUGGGUGGUCGAGGAGUGUCCGAUACGCAAGGGAAAAAAGGGAGAAAGGCAAGAAGGGUGCACAGGCACUGGGGGAGGAUGCCGCGAAAAAAUAA